AUGGAGGUUAGUGUUAGGUUUAAUGCAGAUGUUGAAAAAGAUUUUGCAUUUCAAGUUGAUCGUGAAGAUAGGUUAAGGGAUAAGAUUGCAAGAAUAUUCCGUAAGAAUGGUACUGGAAUGGGACACUUCAUGGUCCUUAGACCAACGAUUUUUCAUAAAGAAGAACCUGCAGGUUAUUACAAAUCAAUGCACCCAGGUUAUAUGACUGAGGGUGGUUGUAUCUUGUACGAUUAUGAUGCGGACAGUUCAGAGUAUAUGCAAUUGUUAGAUGAAGAAAAGCCAGUUUUUGAACAGGUUUGGCCUAGUCAGUUAAUCCUACCCAAAUGGGAUGUCAGUAAGGUUAAUGUCUUUACCUAUGCAUUUAUCAUGUUGGCAUGGUUGUAUACAGAUCUUCCGGAUUGUAUUUCGCCAACACCUGGUAUCUGUUUGACCAAUUGCAUGUCAAAGUUAUUGAUUCCAGUUUUAGAUUAUUUGGAAUUGUACGAUCUUUCUAGUCAUCUGAGACUAGAAGUCACUCCUGGUUAUUCGAGCUUAUUGGCACAAUGGGGUUUUUUCACUUUUCAUGUCUUCAAGGUUUUACUCAUUACAUUAUUCUUUGCAGUGGGUCUAUGUAACCCAGUUUCAUUUAAUCCUUUCAAAGUGAUGAGAAUUACCAAGAUGGAUUUAACUCAGCCAAGUAUUAAAAAUCUAGUCAAAUCCCUAGGUUGGGUUGGUAUUAGAAAAGGCACUCAAGAACAAUAUCAAGCUACUUUUUAUGAAUACAUUAUGAAACAAUAUGGUAAUACCGUUAAAGCUUCUAAAGCUGGUAAAUUGAGAGUUGCAAUUAAUCCUGGUGUCCCGCUAUCGGAUGGAGAAGGUUUCCAAACACCAUUGUCUCAGAGAUUCGAGAUAGAUACUUUUGAAAAAGCUGAAAAGGAGGGGAAGUUCUAUUUUAGUGAAGCUUAUUUCAUCGAAUUGGAGAAUAACUUGAAGAGUAACGUUGAGAAGUGUCGUGGUGAUAUUGGAUUGAUGAAUGCGGAAGUUAAGAGGUUUAGAAGAUAUGGUCUUUUCGAACCAAAUGCCAAAAUUGAACGUUUGGUAGAAAUAAGGAAAAGAACUUUCGAGAAAUUGCAUGAAGAAGAAGAAGCUGAAAUUGAAAGGAAGAGGUUGGAAAAGGUUGCCAAGAGAAGAGAGGGGGAGAGAAUAAAAGAGGAAAAGGAAACUAAAAAGAUUAGGUAA